GCUUGACAUUUCAGCUUACUUUGCAGGAGACCACAAAACCACAUCCUUCGUGUCAUGAUGCCCCAGACGUCAUCUGCUGAAUGACCUUGUCGGUGAAUAGGAGAGCAUUGAUAGCUCAGUAUACUGUAUGUAGUAAAAACUGUUUAAAAAAAAAAAAAAGAAGAAAGAAAAGAGAAAUAUUGCUAAGAGAAACACAACGCAACGGUUUGACGAAAGUCUCGUUUGAAGAUUUGGAUAUGUUCAGUUUAAAGAAUUUGCUUGGGAGUAACAAAGAAGUUCGGAUAACCAGAUUUUAUUUCUGUGCUGUGUAAUGAGCAUCUGAGUGGAGCUAAGCUGAGCUGAGGACCGGGUUUUGUGUGUUCAUCUUUAUAAUGUUAUACAUGGCCAUUCUUCUGCUUCUGGUCUGUGGAAUUAUUCACCAAACAGAUGGUGCAGGUUACUUGAGGUGUACCACGGAUUAUAUCUCAACACUGAACUGUUCUUGUUCAAGCCCUGACAAAACAGUCCCUUGGGAGAUUGAAGCAAACUGCAGCGAUGCAAUGGGCUUCACAGAUGGGAGAUGUGUCAUCAGACCACCACUUCAGUGGUGCACCAUUCAGCCAGACAGUUUUUUCCUGAUCGCAAACCCUGACACCACAUGCACACUAAAAGCAAAACGAUUCAAACAACUAACCAUUAAGGAAGAGAUCAUUCAAAUCGAUGUGCCUUUGGAACAGAUGAUUAAGCCACAGAAACCUGACAAUCUAACUCUGACUAAAAACAAUAAAGAAUUCAACAUCUCCUGGGAGAUGGCCUAUAAUAAGGAUGAAACUGUGGAAUUGUCUGGUUAUCUGGUGUACCGGGUGCGUUUACGGCCCAAAGACUUCAGGAGCGAGGAGAAAUUUAAGAUCUACAAUGUCAGAGAGGACCGCAGGUACCACGAGAUCCAGUGCGACCAGCUCACUCCAGGCAAAGUGUAUGUGGUUGAUGUCCAGGCCUCAGUGAACUUCCUACCUAACCCAGACGCUGAAAGUGAAUGGAGCGAGUGGAGCCCUAGCAUUGAGUGCACCUGCCCACACCCCAAACCCGACGAUCCUAUAUGGUUAUUCUUUAUGCUUCCUCUUGCUCUCACUCUCUUGGGGUUCUUUGGGUUUUGGUACAGGGGGAUGCUUAAGAAGCCAUGUCUGUUUCAGUAUAUCCCAGACCCCUACGAUUUCUUCAAACCCCUUUAUCACACAUACCAAGGGGACUUUAAGAAAUGGGUUGGACCAGUCUUUACCUUCAGCAACUUUGACAUGCUAGAAAAGAGCGCUCCGCUGCAGGUGCUUUGUGAGAAGCAGCUGCCAGUCACGCCACAGCAAAGGCCUAUUCUCCAUGAUCAAGGUAGUGAAGGCAGUAGUGUGGGAGACUGGAGUCUUCUAAGCUUAAUGAACCCAGACUUGUCCAAGCGUUACUUCCUUGGGGGCAGCAGCCUUGGCCUUGCCCACUCUGGUGGCCAUAUCUCCAUGGAUACCGUGACCGUGUCUGGACAAGAGGGUGCCAUGUUGGAUUUCCAGGAGACCAAUCAGAAUGCAGUCCAGGUUCCUGGUGAGGCAGAGGAUCAGGAGCAGGACAGCAGGGAGAGUUCAGAAGAUCAACAAAGUUUUGAUGAUUGGCGACUACAAGCCAACGACGCAGAGAAUGGAGAACGGCUGUCACUGGAUUCAUUUAGUUCGAACGAACACUCCGAUUAUGGUUAUCCUCAAAUUGCGCUAGACUUGGACACAAUUGACAGUGGAUUCUUGGAAUCAGACUGUUCGAGCCCUGUGAGCUCCGAAUGUGAAGGAGGAGAAGGGAUGGAUACGGCUUUAUUGGGCAGCACUGUGGGGACCCAUUCAAACUAUGUCAAGCAGUGGGUGGCUUUUAUGCCAGCCUCAGGAGAAAAUAGCAACUCUGUUUGAGCGAACUGCUCCACUGACAGGCUCUCAUGCAAUGCAUUUUGGAACUGUCUGAAAAGUCCAUGUUGCAUGUUGAUUAGCCAUCUAUGGCUACCAGUAACACAAAAUGACUGUUACAUUAAAAAGUAUCUGCAAUGACCUGCAGAAACAAUAGACUUAAUUCUGGGUAUUUGCCUCAGUCAAAAUCUUUUAAAAAAGAGACUUUGGUGCUAUCACUGGUAUGGCAAAUUGCUUUCUUUUUUGAAACAAAACAAAAUUGCAGUGAUAGAUCAAGAGAUGGCGAAGAUUAUUAGAAACAGUCGUGUAAUUGUAUGAUAAUGCCCCAUAGUUCAGCUCUUGUUAUCGAGCUUUAUGUGCGAAGAGGAAACUAAGCGUGUGGAGAUAAGGCAGCAUAGGCAUUUUUUUCUGAAGCGGACCUCAUCUGAUAUCCACUCAAAUGCAAAUAUAUCAGAUCACAUACUGUUUGUUCAUAGCUAUAGAUGCUGAUCUCAGCUACUGGCUUAUUAUCAUUUCAUAAUGAAAGAUCUGGGUCACCUUUGGCAGCUGAGAUAAUUUUGUUGAAAUUUAAAGAGUUUUAGACUUCAGCACUUGAUCUUGGCACUUAAUCAUGUGGUGUGGUAUGAUGGUAUGAAAAACCCUGCAUUAUAAAAGAAUGAUUCAUAUGCAGUAGAAAGAAAACAUCAGGCUCAGGUGGACGAAGUGUUUUGAUUUAUACAUAUGAAACUUAGCUCAUGAGCUACAAUGUCGCUUAUGGGAUUCAUUGGGCACACAGUUUGCUUUUUUUUUUUUUUUCCAUGCCCCUGUAUUACCACUGUGUUAAUAAAUUUUUAUUUUUUUAUUUUUAUUUUUUUUUUUUUAUUUUUUUGGACUUAUCAAACUGACAAAAAAUAAACAUUAGCUUUAACUCUUUACAUUAGAAAUGUUAAAGCAGCUUCUUUGGUUUAUAAAAAGAAAUCUACAAAGAAAUUCCUACCAAUUUUCAUUAAAUACAUUUGAGAUCAACAAUUAAUACUGACUUCCCUAAAAGGGGAACUUAUGAACUCUAUUUUAUUCAUAUAUACAGUAGACAACAUGACAAUGUGAUCUCAUUUCUAUUGGGCCCUGUGCAAGAUUAACUAUGAGAAAGGGGACACUAAAGGGAACUGUGAAUCCAAUUAGAAACAAAACAAACUUACUGACUGAAAAAAAAGAAGAAACAACACACAUCAGUAGUAUGUUGCUUACUCUUUUGUUCUAUUUUUUUUUUUUUAUUCCAAGUAAUUUGCUUUAAUGACACUGAUGAAGCCAGUGCCUUCACAUCCAGUCCAUUGAUUAAUGUGCAAUUAAGUGUAACAAACUCUAUAAAGGGCUGUACAGAUAUAAAACUGCAUGACACCUUGUACAUGUUGCUUUAGAAACAUAAAAUCCACUUUCUCAAGAUGUUUUCAGUGCACGUGGAGAUGACUGAUUACAUAUAAAGUACCAUAAUAGGGUGCUUUUUUAAAAAGAAAAUAACACUUUGGUUUUAUGACUAAGAGAUAGGUAGUGAAGGUACAGAGAAUAAAGUGACUGAAUUACUCCGAAAUGUCACAAGGCAAAGCACCCAACCAUCAUGUUACCUUCUUUAUUAACCAUCAUAGAUGGAAGAUAAUGCUGAGGUUUUUAACAGGAACUGUCUCUGUAUAUAAAGCAAUGUAAGGCUCUUAUACAAGCAGAGAGCUCAUUCACCUUCAAAUGCUUUACCUCACAAGGUAAAUACCAUGUUUUAAAUUCUAUGUGUAUUGUUUUGUUGUUGUCUAUCUAUGUAAAUGUACAUUAUAUAAAAAAAGGAACGCUUAUUGUUACUAGUGCAAAUGGUUUCAUGCUUUAUGGUUUUUUGUGGUUUUUUCUCUUUUUUUUGUACUUUAUGUCAAAUCUUGCAAUUCUAAAACAAUUAAACAUGCCUUGAA